AAAAAAAAUAAGGAGCCAAGACAUUUCAGCCUGACUUCACCUCUCUCUCUUCCUCUCUCUUCUCUUCAUCCAGUCUUCUUACAUGAGCAAGGUUCUUCUACCAUCUUUAUGUGAAUUGGUAGCCCCUGGUGUAGCCAUCACAGCGUUGUUGCUACUGCCUCUCGGCCCAAUUCUCAUCCCUCGCUUCUACCUCAUCUUUUUGUUUGUCUACUUUACAUUCUUCUUAUAUACUCAAAUUAAUCAUGUAUUCAAGUUCUUCAUUACUACAAAGAAGAUCAUUCAUAAUAUCAGAACUUGGAACCUUCAUCAAAAAGUCAACAGUCCCGACACUUUCUCGACAUCCUCAGGAUCGGCUUCACCUCUGACUGCUCGUGAACGCAUCAUCGCCGAUGAAAACAACCUUGACGACGUUGAGGCCAGCCUGAAAAUCUACGAAGACUCGCACUAUAUACAUACUUUUAUUAUUCCUAAUUACUGUGAACCUGAAGCUUUGUUACGAGAUACAAUCAAACGCUUGGCAAAUCAUAGAAACGCUCGGCGAUGCUAUGUUAUUCUAUUGGCCAUGGAAGGUUCCGAGGCUGAGCAUGAACAGAAGGGAGAUAAUUUGAUGAACUACUUCAAGAAUAGCUUCCUUCAUUUUAUCGUCACUGUUCAUCCACCUAAUUUACCUGGAGAGAGUAGAGGAAAAGGUGCCAAUGUAGCCUACGCCGCUCGCACUGGAUGCACUGAAUUGCUUCGAAGAGGGGUUGAGCGUCGUCAAAUUAUCUUGACCGUAUCAGACUCUGACUCAGCCAUUCCAGAGCUCUAUGUCAAGGAGGUGGACAGGGCCCUAACUGCCUCCGAAGACCCAUACAUGUUGCUUUUGACCCCGCCUAUUUUCUUUUCUCGUAAUAGCUUCGAUGUACCCGCCGCUGUCCGAGUCACUGAUAUCACUUGGUCAGCUAUGGUGAUGUCGAAUUUGAGCAACAGUAGAGGUCUAGCAUUCCCUUGUUCAACUUACAGUUUGAGCAUGGUCUUGGCAGAACGAGUUGGGUACUGGGACACAGACGCUGAUUCGGUAGGAGAAGACUUGCAUAUGUGGCUCAAAUGCUUUUUCAAGACAGAUGGUGCCGCUCGCAGCGCUCCGAUAUUUGUGCCCAUCAAUUUGACCAAUGUCCAAGCCGACGGUUAUUUUAACAACAUGUACGCCCGAUAUAUUCAAGCCACGCGCCACUACAACGGUGUCGCCGAUGUAGCCUAUACAUUGCGCAGUUCAUUCGGCUCCUCUGCGCGACCUUCAUCGCUCAUGUCUCUUUUGCCCACCGCUGACGUUGCCAAGUCGUCCAUGUACAUUUCUCCUUACUACUGGCUCGACAAACUCAUUGUGUGCGUCCAUGUUUUGGAAGCUCAUAUGAUUCCAGCCACGUCUGGAUGGCUCAUGUUUGCUGCUGUCCCCGUCAUGCAACUUAUCCUUUUCCCGCCCUUCUCUUUCUUGGCGGUGGUAGAACCUGAUAGUAAUCCCAUUUUGGUAUCUGAGUUCUAUUCCACGCUUUGGAACAUUGUCAAAAUCAUCACCGUUUUGUUGCCAUUCCCACUCUUUGCAACUCUCGGCAUUUACGAAUAUCUUCAUCGAACCGUUGACCGUGAGCUCUUCCGCAAAGCUCCUGCAGAAUAUCGAACUUGGCGUAAUGCGCUUGAUUACAUCUCUCUGCCUAUCGCCGCGUGGAUGUUCAUGACCCUGCCUUCGACUCUGGCCUGCCUGAAGCGUCUUGUGAAGUCCGAACAGGAAUACAUUGUUGCCAAGAAAGUCUUUACGGAAGACGCAAUGUAGUGCACUGGUUACACUCGUAGAAAUCCAAAAAAGAAAUCAUUUCCAUCCCCAUUUCACCACCAACUUUUGGUCAAAAUCCCUAAUAAUUGUUCAACAGUCGUAUGUUCGACUUUAAUUUCUUAUGUUAAAACCUUCUCAUACCUCUUUCUUUUUUGCAUAUUGUAUUGGCUUUAUUUUAUAUUCUAUGAGGCAUUUGC